CUUCGAGAUUAUAGCCUAAGGCAGAACUUCUCUUUACAAUCCAGCUUAUUACGGGUAAUCACAACGACGCGUCUCUCUUUAUUUUACAACGCGUCAACUCAGCCUCCUCACAACAAGAUGUCAAAUCUACCUAGUGGAACGCAUGUCCUCUCUGGGAUAGAGUCCCAAAGACUCCGCGCAUUCUGCUCGUCCGAAACCUUCUCUGCCAGCGAUCUUGACGACUUCGCCAUCCUCCUUCAGAACGCAGAGAUCGAGGAAACCAAGAUUCCCGUCUUCAACUUCAUUCUCCAACUCACAAUUCUAAAUCCCCCAUCACGACCACGCUAUUUACAAAUCGCUCGAUAUCUCGCCCUUGAGGCCGAGGUUCCUGUUGAUAUAACAGAUCUAAGCGGCACGACGACAUUCAUGUAUUCGAUUUCUACAAAGCCUUAUUGGGAUAAAGAGUUUGCCGAGAUCAUGCUGCAAGGCGGGGCUCAGGUCAACCAAAGAAAUCGAUAUGGUUGCACAGCUGCGCAUGACAUUGUCAUGGCUCGAGACUUCAGUACUGAGGGCAAGAUGAAGACUUUUGAUGCAUUGACUUUCUUUGUGGAGAAGGGUGGUGAUUUGGAUAUAAAGGAUGGCGACGGAGUCAGCGCAAGGACGAUUGGUAAAUCGGUUAUGAGAAUGGUCCCUGAGCUUGGAUUUGUCAUAAAUCCUACAAGUGGUCAUCCUAGUAUGCCCACAGCUGGCCAUGGUACGACCGCUGGCACGAAAAUUGGACGAAAUGAUCCUUGUCGGUGCGGAAGUAAAAAGAAAUAUAAAGUCUGUUGCGGUAAGAACUGA